GGAAGUGCUUUGAACACAGAAGGAAUUUCUCUGCUGUACACGGGAGUGAACCCCUAAAUUUUUUUCUUAAGUUCAGGUUUACACUACUGAUUUCCAGCAGCAGCAGCAGCGCGAUUAUCCAUCCUGGAGAGCUGCUGGAACCGACUCAGUGCUGUCCCUGUGGAUCACUCACUCACUUUUAGGACGUUUCCUGCUUUAAGCAAGAGGAAUUCUUGGGGGUUUUUUUCGUUGUGUUUGUUUUUGGUUUUUUUUUUAGACUUCCAAGUCAAACUUGUAAUUUGCUUUUAUUCAUAACCCUCGAGGCUGCGCUGGCUACACGGUAUAGCCUUGUUCUUCAUCGUGUGAAGCCUUUUACCUACCCCAUCUGUGCGUGAUGGUGCAUUAAGGGCUUUAAGAGGUGCCCCAAAGCGGUGACACAUAGAAGGCUGGAGUUGAAAACUCUGCUUGCCUGCAGGUGAGGCAGAUUUCCUCUUCCAAAAUGACUUUCCCGUUUCUGGUUUUGUGCCUGGCGUGUUCUGGGCUUGGAAGGGCAAAGGUUGUUCCCCAGGCUGAAGAAAUCCAAGUGAGGGUGGGUGACAACGCACCUCUGAGCUGUGCCCUGACAGAACCCAUGGAUGUCGUGCAAGUGACGUGGCAAAAGGGCUCUGAGAAGUCCCAUAAGAACAUAGCUACAUACAGUAAACUGAAAGGACUGAAGAUUCACAAGUCCUAUCAAGGCCGAAUGAAUUUCACAAGCCUGGAACUCAACGAGACCAGCAUCACUUUUUGGGACGCCACCAUGGAUGAUUCAGGAUGUUACCUGUGCCUCUUCAACACUUUCCCCUCGGGCUCCGUCUCUGGACGUACCUGCCUGAGCGUCUUUGGUCUCAAUGCAUCUGUCCACUACAACAUCUCUGAAGGUCACUUGGUAGCCGUCUGUAGCGCUGUUGGCUUCCCAGAGCCCACCAUCACCUGGAACAACCUGUUCGAUUCUGCUCCUACACAGGAGGUGGUCAGUCACGCCAGUGGGGUGGUGUCCAUCACCAGCACACUGCAAGUCCACAACCCUCAGAGGAUCGGGGCACAGGGCUUGAUCUGCAGAGUGAACAACACCAACGAGACGAGGGAACUGCCUGUGAAAAUUAACGGAGAAGAGGGGCCCUCAUUGCUUUGGCUGGUGAUCAUUGCUGGGAUUGUAAUCGUUGUCGUGGCUGUGUGUUUGCUCUUCUGGAGGAAGAAAAUAUGCCGGAGGUGUUGAAGUGGAUCCUUGAGGAUUGCCAUUCCCCUUCCAGAUCAUCAGAGGUCAGCAACACAAAGUCAAUAUUAGAGAAAUAAUGACUUGACUGGCUGGAAAGAAGCAACCAAAAAAAGGAGAAGAUACCUACCCUGCCCUACCUAAACACUGAAUUAUCACUGAAAUGACUAACACAAUGUGUUUUUUAUCCAGUCUGGACCCUUCAUCUUAAAAAGUAGGAUCAGAGGGACCACUUAAUCCUCCCCUCUGCUGUGCCAAAACCAUCUCUGCUCGUGCCACUCACGGUACUGCUGCUGUGAAAAACAGAUUUGCCUUCUUCCAGCUGAGAUUUGAAAAUGUCCACAAAUGGAAGCUCUGCAGGCCCUCUGGGGAUCCUCUUGCAGUGCUCUUGAUUGCUCCUGUAGUAGAGAAGAGUUUAAUUUUUGCCAACCUCUGUCUGCAGUUUCACUUGCAGCAACUUCGAGUUCAUCGCCCUCUUCCCGCGGUCUGGUUUUCCUUCUCUUACCCGGCUAUUCCAGCUCCUUUUCCUCAGUGAAUGUGUCACUGUGCCAAAGGCAGUAUUGCUUAACUCUCUCUCCAAAAACACCUUCUGGACCCAAAAACCACAGGACUCGAGGCCACAGGAACUCAAACCAACCUGAAUUCGUCAGAAUUACUGGGGAAGAGCAAUGGGACUCCAAGCAGGUGACAGGUUAAAGAAAGCAGCAGUUGGGAAAGAAGCAUUACAUGUAAUUUAUAUCAUAUAUAUAAGUAUUGUGGUUUAUUUGACCUGUUUGAGUUGGGAUAGAGUUCAUUUUCUGUACAGUUCUUAAACCCUGACAGCCCCUGGGUUGCUAAAACCAAGCCUACCUCGAGGUGUACAUUUAGUGGCCCCUUUUACUGACAGGAUAGAUGGAAGGACUUAAGGGGGUCCUCUGGUGGUUUUUUAUUCAGCUGAUGAGUUAAAUGUUUUAGGUUUUCCUUCUGUCUGAGUGUCACUAUAUUGGGAUCACUGCCAGCACCAUCUUUUGGGUUUGAUCAGUGUUUAUUUGUGCACCUGAAAUACUCCAUCUCUCUGAGUGUAUUGUAUUUCCCAAGUGCCUUUUUUUGUCUUGUGCUUUUUGUGUCCUGUGUUUACCAAGAGUACAGACUGUCAGCCUGCAGCAUCUACAGAGGAAUUGCAAAAUUUGGGACUCAGUGUUAGAACCAGUGUUUUGUUGUUUCCAGAGCAGUGGCAAAACUCUGUGUGUGUUUGUGUCUCAGUGUAUUAGUGGGAGUGUGAGGGAUGUUAUUUACUAUUGUAAGUGCAACAUGGAUUAUUUAUUUAUAUAUUUUACUUUUUCUAAAUAAAAAGUAACUCUUCCCCACCCAAUA